UGGUGAAUCACUGUUUACGAGUUGGUCUGCUAGUGAAUAUGAAGUUAUUGUAAAUUUAAGUUUCAUGUUCUGUAUUUGUUUGUUUACUAUAUUACUGUAAAAUGUAUUUAGAAAAGUUAAUUAUAUCUUGCACUGUUCUAGUGCUUGAACUUUGUUUCAUUCCAUUAGUAAUCUCAGUUUCUUAUCCGUAUGUUACGUGCGGCUCUGUAAUAAAGCUACUUAAUAAUAAUAUGAAAGUUCGGUUGCAUUCUCAUGAUGUGAAGUACGGCUCGGGAAGCGGUCAGCAGUCAGUCACUGCAGUAGAUAUAGCUGAUGAUGUAAAUAGUCAUUGGGUUAUAAAAGGUAAAAGUGGAAAAACAUGCAAAAGAGGUGAACCCAUUGCUUGUGGGUCUACUAUCAGGCUGGAACAUCUAGCCACUCAUAAGAAUUUACAUAGCCAUCAUUUUCCAUCGCCUUUAUCAAGCAACCAAGAAGUGAGUGCAUUUGGAGAAAAUGGAGAAGGAGAUACUGGUGACCACUGGAUUGUUGUUUGUAGUUCUGAUAAUUGGGAACGCUCAGGAACAAUACGUUUGAAACAUGCAGACACUGAUAUGUGGAUGGCCAUAUCUGGACAUUCUUACGGAAGGCCUAUUUCAGGACAAAAAGAAGUCUGUGCUAUUUCAUAUUCUGACAGUACUUGCUACUGGAAAGCAGCAGAAGGUGUUUUUGUAAAACCAUCUGAUCCUCCACAUCCAUCUAUAGCUCAUGUUCAUUCAGAAUUAUAGCUUCAAAAUAAUUAGGUCUUUUUUGUACAUUAAAUUAUCACUUGAUAUUUAAAAACCUAUUUUUAUUUUUGGUUAUUUUGUUUGAAAUAAAUAUAUUUAUAAACUGCA